AUGUCCAUGUUUCGGUUCUGGAGUUCCGAUUCACGGGGAAGCGACAAGACCAUCCAUGGGCCGCUCAGUCCGCCCAACGGCAAGUCGUCAGUCGCAUGCGGUCCGGCGUCGCAGGCAGUGCCUAUGGACGACUGGCCUCGCAAGCGGCUGCAUCGUGACGUCGAUACCGACGACGACGGCGACGCCAUGAACUUUGCUGCACCGGCCAAGCGCCCCAGGACCGGCUUCGAGGCGUCGGCUGCGGAGCCGUCCUCCUCCAAGCCACAGAAUCCUACCCGUUCGACGGCGGCCGAGUCCAGUGCCUCCGAGAGGGCCAGAGACCUGAUCCAGGCCGAGUUCUGCCAGGAAAUCCUGCUCAAGCACCAGGAGCUAAGACUGAUCAACCAAGAGCUGGCCAAGUGCCAGAUUGCGCUUGAGCAACUGCGCCGAUGCCAUCUCAUCCCGUAUCCCGUGAAUUGUCCCACUCCACAACAAAUGCUAGACGUCAGCGACGGAAAGGGUCCUGCAGUAGUGGCCAAGGCGGGCGAUGCUGUCCCUCGCUGGGCGCCUCCGUUUGGCGUCGUCGACGGACCUUACUCUCGGCAUUAUGCCAAGUGGCUCAUACCCGAUCCAGCCUUUGAUGGCAUUCAGCCAGAGCUGCCGCAAGUCUCUGCACGUGGCUCCAUCUCAGAGGGAAGGACGACCAGGAACAGUAACGGUGAAGUCGGAAUCGGCAUAGUCAAGGGCCGGCGUGGUAACGGCAGCCACAAGUUUGAGUCUCUGUCCAGCGGCUACCCCCCGCCCAAAGACAAGGCAGGCCCGUGUGUCCUGACCCGGGCGGACGGCCAGACGGUCAAGCUGGUCUGCUUGGACUGCCACCGAGACAACUUCUCGAGCACCCAGGGAUUCAUCAACCACUGCCGCAUAGCGCACAAGCGUGACUUCAAGAGCCAUGAGGAGGCUGCCGUUCAUUGUGGCCAGCCUUACGAGGCUCCCGAGGGGGGUAACAUCCCCAAGGACAACAAGGCAGCGGCUCCCUCUGCGUCUUCGGCUCCGACCAGCGCAACCACCACGUCCUCUUUCGUGCAUGCCUUUGCGCGUCCCGACAUAACGGAGCAAGAAAUCUUCAAGUCGCUCCGGAUGAGAAUUUCCGACUCGCUGAAGCUGUACAGCCAGGGCAAGCUGUCGGUUGUCCAGUUUCCCCGCAACAUCAAUGCUGUCGCCUACCCCGGCAAGGCAACGGUAUCGGCAUCGGCAUCAGCACCGGACUUUGGCCCGUCCGCCGAUGCGCCGCAUCUGUCGCGUCUCCUGAAGGCUCGUAACUUCCGGGGCAACCUCCAUGAUGUCGUCGCCGACGCAAAGGCAAAGAUGUCCUUUGAAGAUGUUGCUGGAGAAGAGUCAGAAGUCGAUGGCUCAGUGUCGCCCAUCCAAGAUGCAUCACCAGCCCGGGCCUCCGUUGUCAUGCGUAUGCCCGCCAGAACCGCAAAGACCCCUGUUUCCGCUGGCUCCUCAGCCCGGCCGACAAGCAGCAAGGGCCGUGCCGCCCACAUGGUACUGGCUUCGCCGUCGGAUUCUGACAUGGCCAUGAUGGCCAACAGGCACCGGUCAGACGCGGCCUUGUCGGACGAGGACGUGGACAUGGAGGAUGCGCAACUAAGCCCCAAUACGCUUGUCAGCAAUAAUGCGCCUUCGCUUGUUAGUGACGACGGGGAGUAUGACGACUCUGAUGAAGGCUCUUCCGUCUCUGGGGCAAGUGACCAGCUAGAGGCGGAAUCAGUUUCGGAUGUUGCCGAAAUCACGCUGGAUUAUGAGACAGAUCCGCGAGCACUUCGCCGAGAAUCGUCGGGCAUGGCAGGGCCUGUGCGCCUUCGCAAGGAGUCGGCCAAGCAGGUCACCUUCAUUGGCCCGGUCAAGAGCAGUGCCCAAGAGAGACGGCACCGGAAAGCCUAA